CACCUAUCUGCAAAGCCUUACGAGGACACUUUUUUAUCGUUUGCACUUACGGAAAUGGUCGCUUGCAUGGUUGGGGACCAGUUUUUCACUUUUAUUCUUUCGAAACCGAGUUACGGUCUUCCAAGAAAGCGAAUCCCAGAGGCGAUGAUCACGCGUUGGCGAUAAGCUGCAGAUCACUCCCCCCCCCUUUAAUUUUUUUUCUUAUAUUCUUUCUCAUGGCUUUGUUGACGCGUAAGAGAAGAGAAGGAAAAAAAAUCAGAAAGUGUGCGCCUUGCGUGUAAAUGCUGCUGGCCUUGACACCGGCGUCACCUAUCAGGCUUGGUCCGAAACUGGAUUUCCUGCAAAGAAUGUCACGCGAAACGCGCGUUGGUCCCCCCUGCACGACGCGCACGCAGAUCUUACAAAUAUGGAGCUUGAUAGAGUGUCCUCUCUAACAAAGAAAAACUAAAUAUGGACCAGUAUGAGUUUGAUCCAUCAGAUAGCAGAGAUGAGCUACCUCUUCAACCAAUACGUCACCACGAGCCAGGAGAAAUUACAUCUUCCAUUCGAGAAAUGCCAAAUAUAUCUCACAGUAACUUUAGUUCCUAUGACCAAGAUGCUAAACAUGUACUUAAAAGAUCGCUGAUGGACACCAAUGAUCCCCAAAAUGGGAUCACAACGCAACCACGUUCCAAACAGUUAGACGACAUUCCUCAAUCUUUUGUAAUACAAGCCCAGCACUAUGUUGGUUACAAACCGGAAAAAAAUAAAAAGUGCCAAGUUUGUGGGAAGCAUGCAAGAACGCCCUCUGAUUUGUUACGACACAUGCGUGUGCACACUGGAGAAAGACCUUUUCCAUGUGUGGCCUGUGAUAAAACUUUUAAGUGUAAAAGAAGUCAACUCACUCAUCAGUACCUCAGCCACGGUAUUAAAGAUGGUCUGUCAGAACACCGACUCAAUGUCUUGGACCACCGCAAAGUCAAAAGAACCAGCACAAAAUUGAAAAGUAGUUUCAACAACCAGGUGCCAACUAUAAUUGAAAAGAUGAUGCAGAAUUCAUAUAUCCAACAUCAACUUGAGCAGCAACAACAGCAGCAGCAACAGCAAAACCAACAGCUUCAACAGCAGCCGACUGUGGUACUUGACCAAGAUGAAGAUACAGAAAUAAUGGCUGGAGAUGAAAUAUCUAGUAUGAGUGAUGGCCCAGUGAGUUUUGUAGGAUUAUUUCACCCCCAAGAAGAUGUUUCAGUGAAAGAAGAAGUUAAAGAACAAGAUCAUGAUGAUCAAGGUGAACAUUUAAAUGCGACUGAAGCCGAAUGUGAAAGUUACAAUGGCAAAACUGAUGAUGCCAGUAAGAGUAAUUGCAAGAGUAGUCUUGUGUUCUCCUUUUCAAAGAAAAAGAAAAAAGACCAUUCAAGAAAAGUCCCAAUUUUGCGAAUCAAAACACAUAAAUGUACUCAUUGUAAAAGGCAAUUUCGAUCAAUUUACACUCUUAGAUAUCAUCUGAGGUCAAUGCAUGAUGAAAAAGUUUAUUUAAGUCCAGCCCUGGAGAGUAGACUGAAAAAAAGGCGAUGGAUACCUCCCCAUGUGCGACUUCAAAAGUCCAAAAUAACUUCUGGCAGUUCUGCAAACAACAAAAAGGAGAAUUCAUCAAAAGAAAAACAACAAAAAUCAAAAUAUCCAUUUUUACCAACAUACCCAAUUGAUGAUAUGGAAGAAAAGUUUUUGUCCCAUAUUCCACAGAAUGCACCCCAUAACAUACAACAGAAUAAUAAAAAUGAAGAUCCACUUGAUUUGCAUUUAAAUAGCAAUUUAAAUCUUGAAAUUAAGAAGGAAAAAAUAGAUAGCUAUGAGGAUGACAUAAACAAUAAUAUUUCGAGAAUGAAUUGUGAAAAACCAGACAAACAUUUGAGAAACUACACUGGGCUCUCUGAAAAUGAUGCAAAACAGCUGCCAUUCUUUACCAGUACAUUGCCGAUUUCUACAACAAGUGUAAACACUAACACAGCCAGUACAGCUGCUUUCACAUUGAAUAACACGACAGCAACAAAUACUACAAACCCUUUUGUGCUGCCUCCACACAUAUUUUUUCCCAGUACACCAGCAGCCGAAGAGGGCUUGAUGAAUGAAAAACCAAUAUCGUGGGAGAGUUUGCAAGUCACUUCGGAAAGUGUUUUAAUCUCAAAACUGGAAGCAGUUCACCCUGGUACGCAACAAAAAUAUGUGUUAUACAAAUGUGGUGUUUGUGGCAAAGCAUUCGCCAGUUUGAGGGUUAUCUGCGGACAUUUAGCACUGCAUAAUGACGCCAACAAAGAAAAAGACUGUGAAAAGUGUGGAGCAUCCUUCAAAUGGAGAACAGAAUUGGAUAAUCACCUGGAAUGCCAUCAAGCAUCUGACCGAAAAUUUGUUCCUACCUCGCCAUACUUACCAAGUUACUAUGUAAACCCAUUUCCUAUUCCUGUAGUCACACCAAGUGAACAAAAUGUAAUGUCAGCCACUAGGUUGUUACCUUAUCCAUUUUUUCCUAUGCCACAACAAAUUCCUCCCUUGAUGCAACCUGGUUUUUUCCCAUUCUUUGCAGCAGCAGCUCUGCAACCACAGAUGCAGCAGUCUGGAACAAAUAAUCACGAAGAAAACCGGAAUCAAACAUGCUCUCCUUUAGAAAACAAUCUAACGACUGAGAGUUAUGAUGACAAAAACUUGGUUCAGAAUUGCACCUUUCAAUGUAAGCUAUGUCCUAAAACAUUCGAUAGAAUAUUUUCUUUGCAGAGGCACGAGCGGAUACAUAGUGGUGUGAAGGCCUGUUUCUGCAAGAUUUGUGGCAGAGGAUUCAGUGAACUGAGGAAUUUAAGGCAUCACAUCAUACGUUUCCAUGCGGAGUCCGCACAGAAAGAACCACUGCCAUAUAGGAGGCGUCCAAACAGGUUUCGCAAUGUUAGUAGUUCUCAAAAGUUAGUUUCGUUCCUCAAGAAAACAGCAGUAAGGAUAUUGAAUUCAAUGGGACAGAGCAAAAUGGAAACAAAUAACUCGGAUGAUAUGAACUCUGAAAAGUUUCAAACAGAUGCAACUCAAGAGACCAAUAAAGUCCAAGUAUUUACUUCCCAACAAUCUUCAAGCAUUUCUAAAUCUCUUCAAGAACAAAACAAUGCUGCUGCAAUGCCAAAAUUAUUUGAUGCUACCUCUCAGAUCACUAGGCUAUCACCUUCUCAAGAUCUAAGUGAAGUUCCUCCUCCGAAACUAUCUCCUGGAUUAGCUGAAGAUGUAAAUAUUAAAGCUGAGUCAGAUACUGUGAGUACUAAUGGUGCUGCUGUAGAGGUACUCCAGGACCCAAAGAGAUCCCUUUUGGGUAACAGGCGUAAAGGGAGACCUUUCAAGCUGUCUACAAUGGCGACCCAUUCUGUAAAUAUUGGAGAAGAUAUUUUAUUUCCAUUGACAGACAGCUGCUUCCUUGAAAAACAAGCAGAAAUGAUUUCAGAAAGCAGUUUAUUGCAAGCUACAGAGAUCCUAAAUGGUUGCUUAAAAUCAGAUGUUGCAUUUCCUCAACUAAAUUACUUUAAUGUUGAUCCAUCAUCUAAUGAGCCCAUAGAUAUGAGAAAUCCAGUUGUCAAAGAAAAGAAAGAAUCUGUGCAGAAAGAAGAAACUAAGAGUAGUGAUGAACAAGAUAACAAACCAGUUUUCCCUACAGACGCAGGACUUAGUUUAUACAAUGACACUACUCAAAACAAUUCUAGUCUGAAGUUAGCUGAAUCCUAUGAAUCCAGAUGCUUAUUCCCUUGCAGUUACUGUCAUAAAAGUUUUAAUUCCAUCACUGACAUCAACAGGCAUAUGAGUUUUCAUGCUGAUAUAAGACCAUUUAAAUGCCCAUACUGUAGUUAUUGCAGCAGAACAAACAGUCAACUAAAAGUUCAUAUGAUGCGCCAUGAAGGUAUCAAACAUUAUAUGUGCCAGAUUUGCAAUUACAAUGGAGUAACACAGUCAGACUUGAACAGGCACCUGAAGACAAGAACCCACCUUUUGAGGUCCAGAAAUGUGUGUGCAUGUUGUGGAACAGGUUUUCACACGCGCAGUCUGUCAGAUGAACAUUAUAAGAGCUGCCACCUGCAGCAGGCAAAUUCAAACAAUAACACAGAACAGAGUGCUAAAACGCAACCUGAGGCUGCUCCCACCAACACCACCAAGGUAUCGACGUCCAACAACAGAAAUCGGGUGACACGCCUGCAACAGUUUAGAGCACCGGAUGAGAAAAUCAAAAGUGAGCUCUACCAGAAACUUUGUGACCUGAAUAAUAUGGGGCUUACGUUAGGAGAUUUCUUGCAGCAAAAUUCCACUGCUGUGAACUUUGAGAAAUAAAUCACGCACAACAUUCCAACAGAGAGAUAUAUUAUGAGUAUUCAAGUUAAAUUGAGUGCUUGAUAAGAUUCCAAUAAUGAUUUUUUCCCUUUAAGAUGUAACUAUAAAUAUUUUUAAAAAUUUCAAAAUAUUUUAUUGUUCAUAUAUCGUACCUGGUUUUGUAUGGUCUUUCUUUUUGAAUAAGGUGUUCGAGAUUCGCCAUAAAAAUGCUUGCCAAAAGAAA